AUGUAUAUAUUUGCAGGAGUGAAAACAGUGGAGAUAAACAGGAAGCAACAGAAAGUAACUGUAACAGGAUUUGUGGAGCAAAGCAAAGUAUUGAAGAAGGCAAAAUCAACCGGAAAGAAGGCGGAGAUAUGGCCGUAUGUGCCGUAUAACUUGGUGGCGCAGCCCUAUGCUCCUCAGUCCUAUGACAAGAAAGCGCCACCUGGAUUUGUCAGAAAAUCAGAUAAUUAUUAUUAUUCACAAAAUAAUAUUAAUAAUAAUACUUCAUUAGUUAGUUCCACUAAAUUUAAUGAGGACCCCUACAUUGGUAUGUUCAGUGAUGACAAUCCAAAUGCUUGCUCUAUCAUGUAAUAAUAUAAUAUUUUAUUUUUGUUGUUGUAAUAAUAAAUUAAGAUGAUGAUUAGUUUUGUUUUAG